AUGGCGCCAUCCGGCUCCGACACAGAGGAGCUCUUGGAUACGCCCGAGCGCAGCAGCCCGGCCUUCCCGCGCCGGGUGGUGCUGGUGCUUGCUGGGGUGGGUUUGGUGGCCGUGACACUUCUGUCACAGAGAGGCACUCGCAACCUCCGCAGCAAGUUGGGCUUUAUCGGCCUGGACGAUGCGUGCUUGGAGAUGGGCGUGUUCUAUGCCGAUCCCCACAAGAUGGACAACACUGAAAGGACAGUAGAGUCCUCGGCUAAAGCUUGCAAAUUGAGAUGUGGAAGCACGCCUGGGUGUGAGCACUUUACCUUUUGGCCAGAUGGCGGCUGCUUGUUGACAGACUUUUCGUCCACAGCGAAGGCUGCACCUUAUCAGUACUCCGACACCGUUUCCGGCUCAGCUUUCUGUGGAGGACGACCUGGUGUGGACGGAGUGAUGCCAGGUGCACAAGCAAUUGUGGGUGCUGAUCCUUAUGCAGAGGACAAGAAACCUACCACCGCCGUCGUUCCUGGCAUCAAUGGGACCACCUGUUCAGCAUAUCCUGCCUGCACGGCGGUAGGAAUCAGUCAGGGCUCGUGUUGUCCAAACGACGACAAUGUGUUCCUGGGUUGUUGCAACGGCUUCCCGGCGCCACAAACGAAGGCUUUGCCGAUCCUGCCGGGCGCCCAGUGCGACCUCUUCCCGGGCUGCGUCAACGUCACUGGCUCCUGUUGCCCAGCUGCCGAUGGUACCAGGCUUGCUUGCUGCGAUGCCCCUGUAAUCUAA